AUGAGGAAGAAAACAGUUAUUCAAAAGAGUCCCAGGGCCAAAAUCCUUAAACUCCCUAAAAAUCCUAGAACUUCUCCUUGCUCCAAAGAUCACACUUUUACACCAUCACCCUCUCCUCCAACCUCUCCUCCUCGCACCGAUCCAAUGGAAUGCACCAAAAUAACUCCAAGGUUUCCUUCUUCUUCCAAGCCGUCGGCUCCACCUAGUGCUCCCUCUCAGCCAAGCACUUCGAAGAGGAAGCGUCCAGCUGUUGAGGAGCCUAUGCCUGAACCAUCUCAACCUAAGCCAAGGUCAACUCUUCAAUGUUCUCAAAGAGGCCAUGAUCUUGUCUUGAAUGAAGAAUCCAUUAGUGAUGCUCUUAAAUAUACUGAUGUUGGUACUUGUGUUUAUACCUCUGGUAAAUGGGAUGACGGAUUAGGUGUUCCCUAUAGAGAUGCUCUGGCUGUUGUAUGUGAAAAUAUCUCUCUCAUUGAUGGCCUCACACUAACUUACAAAUCCCUUGGUUAUCUUCGUGCCCAGUUGCAUCGUAUAAUGAACCACAUUAUUCUUCUUUAA